CAAGAGACGGUGGAUCAGGAAUUUUUAUGCAAAAUAUCAGAACACGCAAAAAACCUGCCGAGGAAACAGCCUCGCUAUCCAGUGGUUCUGGCUCUGCAACUAGCGCCGCAAAGGUUUGCGGGAGACGCAUAUUAUGCAUAUUAGCUUGAGCGACGGAUUUUUGGACGUCAACAUGAAGAAAUUACAGUUUUUACUAUUUUUUUAUGUCCUUGUUUCCUUUGGUUAUAUCGAGAUAUUUGGUAAUGUUUUUCUAGACAAUUCCAACAGCAACUAUGUUGGGCAAGUAAAAAUUCAGCCAGAAGAUCCCCAAUGGACAAAUUACACCAACAAAAACAAUUGCUACUCAUGUCUUGAAACUUGCCUAUAUAAACAUAAAAGAGUUAAAACUGCAGGGUGUGGUCAAGGACUUCAAUGUUUCUGUAGUGAUUUAAAUUAUAGUCAAUUCCAUUAUUUUGAAAAUGAUAACAAUUGUACUGGUUGUCUUCAAGAUGGCAAUGGGUCCGUGUCAGACUUGGUGGAUUUACGUGUAUACAAAAUGACUGGUUUUACAUUACGUCUACGGUUUGAUAAAUACAUUCAGCGUGGCUCGUCUUUUAAAUUGGGUCUUGAAGCAUUAUUGUAUGAAAAUGGGACGUCAACGAAUGAUACAGAAAUAUUGAAAGACUUUUUUCUGGCUAUAAACUGUGAAGUAAUAACAAGGCAGGGGAAGAAAAAGAUUCAGACAAAUUGUUUAGGAAACUUCAAGUUUACAUCACUGGGAGACAAUAAAAUUUGUCUUAGUAUCAAUCGAACUAUCUAUUCAUGUGGAAUAGUAACUGUUCUUGAACACGUUGUUGUUACACCGAUAAGGAGUAGUCAUGGUCAAUUUGGUAUGAAAUUAUAUUCCAAAAUAGAAGGAACAGUCUACAACAUAUCGUACUAUUUGGACGAUAAGAAACUGGAAACAGUGGAUACUAUCACCCAGUACCAUCAUAUAGUGUUUAAAUUUUGUCAAAUUGACUGGGAAUUUUGGCCACCAGCUGUUAUGUUAGGGGAAAAACAAAAACUUACAGUUAUUGCAAGUAAUCCAUUAGGCAGUGAAAGAAGAGACAAAAUAUUUAAACUAAGUCUGAGGGUGUCAGAUUUCGUCAUUUCGUUUAUUUCUAACAAAACAAGUAACAUACUUAAGAUAAACGUUCAAGUAAAGAAUGUCACUGUGUAUGGGCAGUUGAAGUACCAAUGGUUGUUGUUUGGCUUUUGUGGAAAAACGUUCUUUUAUGGUGAAAACAUAACGACUGUCCCAAAAGUAACAUUAAGAACUCGUUCAUCAUACAUCCCUAAAGAUGUGCGUGCAGGGUGCAAGAUUGGUCUUCGCCUGAUUGCCAAAGAUGGCUCUGCAGGUCAAACAAAAACCGGGAUUUUGUUUGAGAAUUAUCGAUAUCGAAAAUAUCGAUUCUCAGUAAAUUCCCACAGUGAUUAUUUUCUACGAGGAGAGGCUACGUUUACUUUUACUGUGAAUGAAGGCAACAGAGCUCCUCCAGGAGGUUUGCGUUACAUUUGGAAAGUUAAUGGCAAAAAUAUGUCGUCGAAUAAAACGUUUAGACAUAUAUUUAACGAAACUGGAAGCUACAUUGUUGGCCUAUUUGCCUAUUUCAAAGGCAGGAUAUACUUUUUGGCUGCAAAGAACGUUUCUGUACGGGAUCAACUAACGAAGUUGGAGAUUUUUGUUUCAUCGCUCCGCUACUUUGGAGAACCAGUGUUAAUGCAGGCGAAGACAAACAUUAACAACAAUGUGAAUUAUUAUUGGGAUUUUGGCGAUGGUAAACAAAAACAAACACCAAAAAACAUUGUCGAACAUCGAUAUAAAAAGCCUGGUACGUACACAGUCCAGGUUGUUGCGAAUAACAAAGUUAGCGAAAUUUACGCAAGUGAAACUUUCAAUGCAACUGAACUAUGUCCAGACGGUGGGUUUGAAACGUCAUUUGAAGAUGGAAAAGAGGUUCAACAAUUUCGCAGUAAACCGAUUCAUCUAGAAAUUUCAACCAGAAAAUUGGUUUGCUUGGAACCUGUAACAAUCUUUUUCGGAUGGACGGUUUCUAAAUGGACAGACGAAAGAGCUGAGUGGCGCGAAUGGAUAAACCUAAAAAGUAAUAUAUCAACAAAGAGCAUUUUUAUUCCUCCGAAUAUCCUCGCCUAUGGAAAAUAUCGCUUCAUAGCGACAGUGAACAUCACUGGUUUUCAUGUGUUGCAUUCCCAAACAUUUUCAAUGAAUGUCAGCGUGACAAGAAGUCCUGUGUAUGCUAUUAUCCGAGGUGGCUUCAUCAGACAUGUUAAAACAAAUUCAACAUUUCUUCUCGAUGCAACUCCUUCAUUUGAUCCCGAAGACUUGAAUACGGAUCUCAAAUUUGAAUGGUCGUUUCCUGGUGUUGGCAAGAGAAAAAACCAAGCAGUUAUUGAACUAGACUCAAAAUCUUUGAAUCAGUCAACAGAAUUUAAACUGAAAGUUUACUCAGGAAAUAGAAAAAAUGAAACUUCACAGCAUAUUAUAAUUCAAAAAUCACAAGAAGUAAAAGCAAACAUGAUCUUGGACUGUCCAUCGUGUGAUUUGGGCCUGAAUCCUAGUCAACCUACAAGAAUAAUGGAGAAAUGUAGUGACGGAGUUUGUCCUUCGCAAGAUAAAAUGUUAUGGAAGUUAUUCGAGUUGAGGAAUGAAUAUGGGGAUCCCAAAUUAGAUCCGAUCUUUUGCAGUGGUUUCGACCAGCCAUUUAGUCUAAAUAACGGAAGUAAAUCGAAAGUCAGUUACAAAUUCCACGUCUGUGGGAAUGAAAAAGCAACGGCUACCAUGUGUAAAGAGCUAAAAAAAGAAUUAGGAUUAUUCUGCACACGAUCAACUAAAGAAAUAGAACUUGCGUUUAGGAGAAAAGAUCAACAUUCUGAAAUGCUUGAUAUUGAAGAUAAUACAUUUCCAGCGAAUAAAGUAUUUACAAUUAAACGUAUAGAUGACAAAAUUUCAGAUAAUGUUCUGGCAGAACGAUCUUUUAUUGUUCAAAACAAACCUCGAAACUAUUCUUGUUUUAUCACUCCAACGAAAGGUGUGGAACUCUUCCAGGAUUUUCAAAUUACUUGUGGCGAAGACAAGAAUGCCCGUUUAGUGUACAAAAUCGUUUACCAGCGAGGUGGCUCAAUUCCGUCGAAUAUUUUCUUUCAACGAAAAAUCCCGCAGUUCAAGUUUAAUUUGCCAUCUGGUGAAGUUAAGAACUCUAUAAAAAUUUUGAUUGAAAACGAAAAUGGUGUUGCAAGAGUAUACUGCGAUAUUGAUGUGACAGUUACAACAUUGCUACCUGGUCAAAAUACAACCAACAAUGUCGUGGAAUAUUUAUAUAAUCGGUCAAUGACUGUGAAUGAUUGCUUUGCGGAGCAUCCUUAUGCCUACCAUGGUCAAACAUUAUAUAACAUUACCUUGAUCUCAGAUAUCCUGAAUAGGCAAAGAGUUGUUUCAACUUCUGCAAAUUUGUUUUUACGAACUCGAAUUCGAGAAAUCCUAAUAGAUAUCCUUAGAAGAGUUACUAUCUCUGAUGAGUAUAUUGCUCGUCAGUUUGCCAGUUCUUUGGACAGUUGCACGAGGGUUUCCGAAGAGUUGAGCAAUAAUAGUUUAGUUGCCGUUGUGGAGAUCAUUCACAAGCUAAUGAUAAGAAAGCGACAUGGAAUUGAACAAAAACUUAAAGUGACAAAACGUUUUGAAGAACACAUCCUCACAGUGAUAGAUACGACAUCAUCAAUCCUAGUAGAUAAAUUCAAAAACAAAGAACACGAUGAAAAAAUAAUGGAAUCAAUUAAUAAUCUUUUCGAGAGUAAACUAAGAACAAUGUUCGUGCGAUCAAAGAUGAAUAUUAUCAAUAUUAAGAAAAAUAUCUUCAGUGCAAGUGUGUUUAAGUUCUCGCCUUAUCGCAGUGAAAAAAUUUCUUUCUUGUCUGGUAAAACACGUGUAACGCUGGAGACAAUCAGUGAUAAAGAUUCACAAAAACAAUACGAGUGUGACUUGUUUGGGUGCGGUUUUCAAGCAAUCACAGUGAAUAAUAAUCCUUUCAGAGACGACGUUAGAUAUCAGAAAGUAUCUUCGUUAACAAAGUUGACGACAAACAGUUGCAAACAUCGAAAAAAAACAUAUUGUGCGGAAAGGAUAAGAAAAACGAAAAUUUCAUUCCCUCUCAAAGUUCAUAAUGUCAUGGUAAAAUCAAAUACGCAAAGCCUAAAGUCAACGGAAAUUCACGUGUUCACUGUAAAACAAAAUAGAAAGGUCCUAAAAGUUCACUUUGUUCCCGUUAGCUAUCUGUCGAGAAAGAUGAAACUGAGAGUCCAGAUAAGAUGCGCUGAUGCAAGAUACCGUUAUGUCUCAUCAUCUGAAUUCAUCUUCUUCAUCAAUAACGAUCCUUUUGUAAAGUUUCUAUCUGCCAAAAGCUUUAGUGAGAAAUGUAAAAACUUGAAUGUCACGGUGGAAAUUCAUUGGAUAGUAGAGCCGACGAGAUCAGAGUCUCUACAAACUAAAGUGAAAUACAAUUUGGAUCUGGUAUCGCUUGAUUGUCUUGUAAGAAGUGGUAAUGAGGCAUGGUCAGAAAAUUUAUGUGAAUGUGAUUUAGAUCACUCGCCAUAUUACGAGUUAAAUUGCAGAUGUCCCAAACUUCAAAGUUCAGAUCAUAGUUAUGUCAUUGUUGAAAAACGUUUGCCAGCUUCUAUGAAGAAAACAAUCGUUAAAAGCAACGAAAAUGACGCAGUAAAUACAGUCAUUCAGUUUUUAUCGUUGUUCUAUGUUGUGGUUGUCAUUGUAUUGUUCAUCAAAGAAAGACUUGACUAUAAAACAAAUAUGGCUAUACCCCUGGAGCGUUCUAAUCCAACUCAUACGCAUCAGUACAAAAUAACCGUUUAUACUGGUCACUGUUGUGGGGCUGGAACAACAGCGAGGGUUGCUGUUGUCCUGUAUGGAGACAAUAAUUCAUCUUAUCCUAUUGAACUGUUCACUGAAAAUCGACAAGUCUUUAAUAGAAAUUCAAGAGAUGUUUUCGUGGUUAGUGUGCAAGAGAAUUUGGGAUCGUUAAACUGUAUCCACCUUUGGCAUGAUAACAGUGGUAGCUCACCAUCCUGGUUUGUUGAUAAACUUGUCAUCAAAGACCUAUGUACCAAACAAAAGUGGUUAUUCAAAUGCAGAAGAUGGUUGGCCGUAGAUAAACACGAUAAAAUGCUCGACUGCAAAAUAGAAGCGUCGACUGACCCGAAAACAAACUUCUCGUUCAAGGAACUUAGACUGGGCUUUGGGGAAAAAUUAAUGGACUUCCAUAUAUGGUUGUCAGUGAUUAGCAUGCCAACAUAUAGUCUUUUUACAAGAGCUGAGCGUGUAACAUGCUGUAUGACAUUGUUGUUCGCAUAUCUUUUUUUCAAUGCAUAUUUUUAUGAACAAUACGGAGAAUAUGUUAUCCCUAAUGGUAUAUCUGUGUUCAACCCAACCUGGUCACAGCUCAAAGUUGGUCUUUUUUCAACUUUGUCAUGUUUUCCUAUUUAUCUUGUCUUCACUGCUGUGUUUCGGUACACGAAGUCCUUCGUGCAUCCGCAGAUUGAAAAGAGUGCUAUAGUUGACCCACAACCAGAUACCCAUAAACCAAGUGCUACAGAUAAGUAUGACAGACUCGUUUCUGAAAUGGAGCGCUCCCCCGUGGACUCUAGGCGCCGCAAACAGUUCGAACUUGCUGCUCUUCUUCUUAAAACUCUGUAUGAUGAAGAUGAUCCUGCUUCAGAUUCUGAGCAAUUGUAUGCUGGUGAAGAAUCAUCUGCCGAAACUACAAGUAUUUCUCGCACCAGAUCAUCUGAUCGUCCAUCUGUAAAAGUUCAAAAACGUGCGAACGUCGAACUUUCUAGUGACACUUCUGGUUCGUGGCUAACUUUUUCAAGACCGAUUCCGUUUCGCUUUCCAACGUUUUUUAGCAUUUUAAUGUGGAUUGGUUGUAUUGUAAUGUUAUUAUUAUCUUCGAUGUACACAAUCGAACACGUUAAAAGAUUCGAAGAAGCCCGAUUACGAUGCUACAUACAGUCUGUGUUUUGGUCAUUAUUCCUCUCAAUCGUCCUAUUUCAACCAUUUCAUGUUUUAAUCGUGACUUUCAUUGAAAUGAUGAAAAGACAUUUUCAUUCCACGAUGAUUGAAGAACCAGCUGAUAAGGCUGAAGACGAUACGAUCGUGGAUGAUUCUAUGUUUGGUUCUUUCACCGAAAAAAAUUUUGAAGACCCUCUUUAUAGAAAGUUGCUAUGUUUAAAGUAUUUGCAACCACUUUCAAGUAAGGUUGUUGCCAAAGCAAGACGUAAACUACACAGACGAAAAAUAACUGUGACGUUACUAAGGGAUUUUUUCUUGUAUUCGUUAUUGAUGAUUUUCUUGUAUUGCCUAAAUCCUUUCUGGAACCAGGAGUCUAUUUUUGUACACAAUAAUAGAUUAAAUACAUAUCUGAACAGACACACGAACACAAGCUCUUUGUUAGCAUGGUGGUCAUCCUGCCCGCAAAAAUUUCUUGACACUAUAACAUUGGAUGAAGAAACCCUGACCUUGAGAGCUUUUCACAAGAGAGACCUAAUUGUUGGUCACCCAAAAAUGUCUGUGACACUAAAAUAUUGCCCAGACGUUAAUAUUUCUGAUUCAACUCUUCCUCAAAGUCAUUGUAUCGGAAAAGUAGUGAAAAAAGCUUUUAGCUUUAAUGAAUCUCAAGACAAAGACUGGUUGGGUUUAUCCCAUUUCUUUCAUCAGGAAUUUGAUGAAUACACUACUACAGAUAUUUCCCUACAAUUUGUCAUUCAUUCACCACCGUUGGCUGUUUUCACUGCGAUAAGACUAUCAAGUCGCGUGAUCUCCCCAUCUUCACGUGUGCAAAAUGACGUUCGUGUCACAACGGCUAAUUUUCAUGUGAUUAGUCCCGGUAUUCUAUCAUUUCAAACUAUUCUCCAGCUGUUUUAUACGAUGGUUCCGGUCUUGCUUCUUCUUCGUCAAGUGUUUUACAGUAAUAAAAAAACACAAUAUACUCUUGUGGUUAAAAUUGAGUUUUUGAUUGUUUUUCUAUCAAUAUACUCUGUCGUUUCAAUGUGGAUAUGGAUUAAACAGCAAUAUCUUACUCUGGGAAUUCUUUGGGAACAUCAAUAUGAAGCAAACAUAGUGGAAGACAUACAAGCUAUUUAUAAAUACCAGGAGUUUUACAAGUACUCCAUUGCCUUCAUGCUGUUAUUUGUCAUAAUUAAAAUAUGUCAUGCUGGUUUUGACAUGUUUUGUGGCGCCCUUUUUGGAGCACCAAUAAUAAGCUCUGUAAUAUUACCCUUGUUUGGAUUAUUGCUAAUCUUUGUAGCCUUUGCACAUGCAGGUCUGUUGUUAUUUGGAGACCAUCUCAAAAUGUUCAGUUCGUUUUUACAAGCGUUCUCUCUAAACAUUCUGUACAUGAGAAAAAACGGUGCUGAAAACUUCAAAGUGGAGCCAACAUAUCACCAAAUGUUGUUAGCAGUUUACGUCAUCGCAUUUUGUGUUUGGAUGAUGUUAUUUUCCAAUUUGGUUAAAGCGGCAUUCUGUCAAGCUCGUGUGAAAUUUUCGCUUAUUGUCAAGACGAAAAGUGGAAGAAUGCCAGUGAAAUUGUACAUAUUACGAAAACUCCGAAGGGUUUACUCACGUCUCAUGUCAUGUGUUCAGAAAUCUGACCAUGAGGAUGAACAUGAAACAUUUAAUCGCGUCCCAAUGAGUUACGUAUUUAGGGAACUGGGUGAACAGCUAGAUGAUAUAGAAUUUCGUUUAACUCAUUUAACCUGCAAAGCGAACAUGCCUGCUAAAGAUACGAGAGAUGGCAGUUCAGAUGGCAGCGAUGUUGAAUAUGUGUACAAGGAUGAUAAUAAUGAGCAUUCCACAUUUCAUCCAGGAUUGUCUUCAAACAUUGCGACCUCUUUCAGUGAAAAUGAAAAUAACGAGGAUCUAAAAAACUCGAAAGGUGUAAAUGACCAAUAUGCGACAUGUGAAGAAACUGUAAUGUUUGUUACUCCUAAACCACGUCGCCCAUUUGAGCGAUCCGUGCGUGCAUUUCCAACCCUGGUUAAUGAAACCUUCAAUUCCUCUGAACGUCCUCAAGUAAUAUUGAGUCCUUGGUUUGGUGAAAAUGACGAUGAAGACGACAGACAAACUACACUGGGGCAACAAGAAGAUUUUUUAGCCCCAGUUGGAGAAAUGGACUGCAAGAUAAAUGGUCUUGGUAUAGCACAGGGUGAAAGAUCAGUACCCUUUCAUGAUAUCAAGGAAUAUAAUGUUAAAACUGGUGGUAGCACAAUGAAAAAUAAGAAAAAUAGUUUGAAAGUGGCCAGUUACGUAAAUGAAGCGUGUGAAGAAGACGUAAGAGAAGUUUGCGGCAAUUUAACAGCAAAACGACCAAAUGUUCAUUUGGAUGCCUUCGAAGAUUAUUUUUCACUUGAAGAGGAAGACUGUUGCCUUUCGAAAACUGAAUCUGUUGAGCAAAGUCUUGUUACAUCCUUGGAAACUGAACACUGUCUUGAUGAAAAUGUUCAUACGGUAGGGACUAUAUCAGAUAGGAAACAACUCAUUUCUCGUCGAAAACCGUUCCGACAACCUCCUUUCCCGCCAAUAAAUGAUCUCUUUACAAGACCGUCCGAGAAGCUGGGUUAAAGUCUGGUGUAAUUAAGUAAAUAAUGAACCAAAAGUAAAAAUAAGGCAUGCUUGUAAAAUAUUUUCACAACGGAAAAUUGUAAAUACGCGAUAGGAAUAUUUGAUCCUGAUUCUGCAUCAACUUUUUAAAAAUCAAAAAUCACGUGCAAGAAAAUCGAAGAAUGCAAACCUAAAAUGCAUAAUUAGAUUAUUCUUUUAAUCGAACUGUUUAACUGUCUGUCUUCAGACUACAAAUUGCAAAUUUAAUGUACAAAUUGAAACUAAGAAUCCUGAUAUGAUUACAUUAAUAAUAACCUUGACAUAGUAA